CUGCCCGCCCCUCCCUCGUCCUGAGGUAUAAGAGCCAGCUGCCACCUGCCACCUGUCACCAUUUCCCUCUCCUGCUGCGCUUCUCACAGGACGAGCCACCAGCCCAGCCUUUCAAGAUGGCCUUUGUUCCUGCACCUGGCUACCAGCCCACCUACAACCCGACUCUGCCCUACAACAAGCCCAUCCCUGGAGGACUCAGUGUGGGAAUGUCUGUUUACAUCCAAGGAGUGGCUAGUGAGCGCAUGAAAAGGUUUGCCGUGAACUUCGUGGUGGGACAGAACCCAGGGUCCGACAUUGCCUUUCACUUCAAUCCGCGCUUUGAUGGCUGGGACAAGGUGGUCUUCAACUCGCAGCAGGGCGGCAAGUGGGGCAGCGAGGAGAAGAAAAGAAGCAUGCCCUUCCACAAGGGCGCCGCCUUCGAGCUGGUGAUCAUGGUCCUGGCAGAGCACUACAAGGUGGUGGUAAACGGAAAUCCAUUUUAUGAGUUCGGGCACCGGCUCCCUCCACAGAUGGUCACCCACCUGCAAGUGGAUGGGGACCUGGAGCUUCAGUCAAUCAACUUCAUCGGAGGCCAGCCAAGACCAAACCACACACCCAUGACUAUUCCGGCUUAUCCAGGUCCUGGACAGAGCUACCAACCCUCGCAGAAUCAACUGCCUACCAUGGAGGGACCCCCAGUGUUUAACCCGCCUGUGCCAUUUACGGGAAGAAUACAAGGGGGGCUUACGGCCCGAAAAACCAUCAUAGUAAAGGGCUAUGUGCCCCCCACGAGCACAAGCUUUGUGGUCAACUUCAAGGUGGGGUCCUCAGGGGACCUGGCUCUCCACAUUAACCCCCGUCUGACCGAGGGCACUGUGGUGCGGAACAGCUAUCUGAACGGCUCAUGGGGUUCUGAGGAGAAGAAGAUCUCCUACAACCCCUUUGGUUUCGGCCAGUUCUUUGAUCUGUCCAUCCGCUGUGGCCUGGAUCGCUUCAAGGUUUACGCCAAUGGCCAGCACCUCUUUGACUACUCCCAUCGGCUUUCGGCUUUCCAGAGAGUGGACACUCUGGAGAUCCAGGGUGAUGUCACCUUGUCCUAUGUCCAGAUCUGACCUAGUCCUGGGACCACAACCCCUGGGAACACACAGACAAGAACCCCAAAGGACACCCUUCUAAGCCCCUAAUAAACUGAGGGCGUCUAA